UGGGACCAAACAUUUAAACAUCAUAUGUCGUUGUGAAUCUUGAGCACGAUACCCGAUACUCGAUACAGAUAACAGCAAAUGACCGAUGGCCACCUCUGAUGUUUCUGCUCGGUCCAAAGUAAAUGUCAAGGUAUUUCAGGAUCUAAACACAUUUCAAAAAUCGGGAGUGAAGGAUCAGCUGAUGCAGAAUGACUUUCUAGCUUUUGAUACCGAGUUCAACAUGAACAAGGAUGAAAUACAACUUGCACUGGUACAAAUCGCCACCUUUGACCAAAAUGUGUUUUUAUUUGAUGUACUGAAAUGUCCAGAUAUUAUCGUAGAGCUAAGGAAAAUUCUGGAAUCGAAGAAGAUAAAAAAGGUAAUCCACGACUGCCUCAAUGACAGUAAAGCUCUGUGGACCACACAUGCAAUCCAAAUGGACAACGUAUUCGAUACAAAGUUGGUCCAGCAGAUUUUGGACUCAAAACAAACACAGACGGUCAUGAAGCAUAUAAAACCGACUGGCCUCGAGACAUUGUGUAAAAAAUAUGUCAUCUACAUCAACGAAGAUUUAAAACAAAGAACUAAAGAAGAGCUCAAACAGAACCAAGCGUACUUCUUACAACGGAACCGUGAUGGCAGUAUACCAGAUAGGAUGAAAGACUAUGCCGCUCAGGACGUGACAGUACUCGUUGAUCUGUACAAGCAAAUGGAAAGAUCACUCGGGGAUAUGCAAUCACUGUACGAACGUUUAAUCAACGUCUCACUUUACGCAUGUCUGAAAGGUGUUCCCUGCAGAAAGAGAUAUGAAAAGGACAGGGGCCUGCUCAAUUAUGUGGCUUCACCAGAGCUCGCUACACUUGUUCUUGUUUCUCCAACUAUGACUCGAAAACCGUACAGACGUGGCAAUAAGGCUAAACCAAGAAGAUGAGAGCAGAAGUGGAGGCGACGGAUAAGAGGAGAGGAGAAAGGCCAGUGACUGACUUCGCCUACGUCUAUCUAACGUUUUAAGUCUCGUGAUGAUACUCAUACUGAUAUAAAAACAUUAUGUCUUAGAGACUUUAAAACCCAAACAGGAAAGAGUGGUGUCAUUUGAAUGAUACCUGAAAGAGACAUGUAUUUGUUUAUACACGGUUUUUAUGUCCUCGCAACAGCUGUAGUCCUAAGAAAAUGUUCCCUGUGAAAAAAAACAUGCAAGAAAAUCCCAAAUGCUGCAGGGGCUACAUAAGAUACGGUGAUAUGAGUGAAAAACAUGUACAUCUUGCCUUUUUUCAAGUACUGACAAUGGUAAGGUAUGAGCCUGUGAUAUACUGAUUAAGUUAUUUACGCUACAGACAUGUAAUAUACUGAUUAAGUUAUUCACGCUACAGACAUGUAAUAUACUGAGAAAGUUAUUUACGCUACAG